AAUUGGUGUCCACGCAUUUCUUUGUAAAAGCGUGUUCAAAUUCAACAUCACUGACCUAUAUGAUUCCACACGUAAUGAAUAAAUUGACCAACAACCUCAAAGUUUCUAUUUAUGAUCUAUCAUGUAAACAUAGGGGAAGACUUAACAAGAAAAGUUUGUCAAGUUGCCAGAAAAGGAAAAGAAUUGAAAUGGCGGAGAUAGCUGUGGGUAUAGUUAUUGAUAGAUUAAUUUCAUUCCUUGGUGCGGAGGUGAAACUGUUUGGACGGCUUAAGAAAGAAGUUGAAGACAUCCGGAUCGAGCUCGACUACAUUGCUUGUUUCCUUAGACAAACUGAUCCAAUGGUUGAUAAAGAGGAUUCCAAUGGUGGCUUCAAACUAUGGGCGCAACAUGUAAGGGAGGUGGCUUUUCAGAUAGAAGAUGUUAUGGAUGAAUACAAGCUUUAUCAUGUUCCACUUGCACAAGAUCAGCAGCAGCAAGGUUUAAUGGCUUCCCUGAGCAGAAUAGCUCAUAUGGUCCGGACUGUGAAAAGGCAACUCCGGGCAGCAUCAAAGAUCAGAGAUAUCAAAACAUCUGUUAAUGAAAUCAAGGAAAGAAGUGAAAGAUACGGGUUCAACACCCUGCAACGUGUUCCAGGUGAGAACUAUAACAAGCCGAUUGACCCUCGAAUGGGACUUCAUUUUGUCGACAGUGAAGCACUCGUGAGCAUUGAUUCUUCUCGACAAGAAUUGGCCGAUAGAUUGGCAGAUGCAGAGCUGAAACGCACAAUUGUUUCAGUAGUAGGGAUGGGAGGGGUCGGGAAGACGACCCUUGUUAAGAAAGCUUUUGAUGAUAAAAUCAUGGUGGGACAGUUCGACUGCCAUGCUUGGAUCACCGUCUCUCAAUCAUACAGAGUGGAGGUGUUGCUAAGGACCAUGAUGAAGCAGAUGUAUGAGUCUCGAAAGCAGUCCCCACCUGUUAGGGUCGACACAAUGGAUGGUGUAGAAUUGAUAAGCAUAUGCAGAGACUAUCUAUAUGAUAAAAGGUACAUCGUGGUGUUUGAUGAUGUAUGGAAGGACGACAUAAAGAACAUGCUUUAUUGGAUAACAACAAAGGAAGCACAGGAGCUCUUAAGCAGAACUGCUUUUCAGUAUGAUGAAGAUAAACUAUGCCCUGAAGAGUUGAAUGGUUUAACUUUUGAAUUAGUCAAAAUAUGUGAAGGACUUCCCCUUGCAGUUGUGGCCAUUGGUGGACUUUUGGCAACCAAAGGCAAGGAUGUUGGUCAAUGGAAACGCUUACCUGAUAGCCUUAGUGCUGAGCUAGACAGUAGUUCACAUCUUUCAUAUGUAAAACAGAUACUUUCUUUUAGUUAUUAUGAUCUGCCUUACCAUCUCAAGGGUUGUUUCUUGUUCAUGGGCAUGUUUCCUGAAGAUUAUCCCAUAAGUUGCAAGAGACUGAUUCGGAUGUGGAUCGCAGAGGGGUUCGUAAAAGGUAAACACGGUAUGACCUUAGAAGAAGUUGCGAUGACGUACCUAUCCGAAUCGAUUAACAGAAGCUUGGUUCAAGUAUCAGUGAUCGAUUCUAUUGGCGAUGUCAGAAACUGCCAGCUCCAUGAUUUGAUGCGCGAAGUUGUUGUUUCCAAGUCCAAAGAACUGAGUUUUAUUCAAACAUGUCCAGAAAAUUUGUCCAACCAUGAUCGUGUAGCUCGACACAUUUCCAUCUGCAACAAAUCAAACAAUUUCCCAAUGGUUGUUGGUAAUUAUCAAACUCAUUCAGCAAUUUUCUUUCACAUAGAAGAAUUACCUAAAUCUUUCUGCUUCUUACUGUUCACAAAGUUCAAAUUGUUGAAAGAACUGGACUUUGAAGGAGUCCCAUUGACUUAUAUUCCAGAGGAACUGGGAAAUCUGUUCAAUUUGAAAUACUUGAGCAUAAGGGACACAAAGGUGAAAAAGCUCCUAAGAUCUAUAGGUAAAUUGCAUAAGCUUCAAACUUUGGAUCUAAAACGUUCAUUUGUAAGCGAGUUACCAGUUGAAAUCAACAUGCUCUUCAAUCUUCAAUAUCUUGUAGCUUACUACAAAGAUAAACAAAGCAUCAACAGUAUCAAUAGUCGAAGAGGGAUGAAGUUUUAUUCCAACUUUGGGAGCUUAGAGUCCUUAGAAAAGCUGUAUGAGGUGGACUUGGAGGCCUACAGUGGUGGUAAUUUCUUUCGCGAGUUAGCAAGAUUGAAGCAGUUGAGAAAACUAUGCAUCACUAAACUAAAAUCAGAAAAUGGGAAUGAUUUAUGUGAUGCAAUACAGCAGAUGAUCCACCUUCAGUCAUUGAGAAUUUCUUCUAUAAAAGAGGAAGAGCUUCUUCACCUACAUACAAUGUCAUCCCCUCCGGUUUUUCUCUGUUGCCUCAGGCUACGAGGAAUAUUAAUGAAGUUACCUGGUUGGAUUUAUGAACUGAGGAACCUCACAAAACUUACCUUAGAAUAGAAUAUCAGAUGAUUCACUUCAAAUCCUUGGUGUUCUACCAAAUUUACUCUUCUUGUGGAUUUUCGAGGGAUACAGUGGAGCUCAACU